AUGUCUACACCUUUUGUAGUGAAGGUUCUUGAGCAAUACAGAGUCACUCCGCCACCCAAUAAAACCCCAACAACCUCUAUCCUCCCAUUAACCUUCUUUGACCUUCCUUGGCUUUUCUUCUCCCCAAGCCAGCCUCUGUUUUUCUAUGAAUUCCCUCAUCCAAUUUCUCACUUUAAAAGUACGACCCUUCCAAAACUGAAGCAAUCUCUCUCCCUUACACUUCAACAUUACUAUCCUUUUGCCGGUAGCUUUGUGUCCUCACCUAAUCUUGCCAAACCCCAACUCAUUUUCACUGAUAACAAGUCAGUUUCAUUAACAAUCACUGAGUCAAAUGGCGACUUUAAGCACUUGUGCAGCAAUCAACCAAGAGAUGUUAUCGACUUUCACCCACUUGUACCGAAAUUGGCAUCAAGUUUUUCAUAUGAAGGGAAAGAGUUUCCUUUGCUAGCUAUUCAAAUAACGAUAUUCCCAAAUGUAGGCAUAUGCAUUGGCCUUGCUUUUCACAAUGUUGUUGCUGAUGGGAGAACCUUCCACAAUUUCUUCAAGACAUGGGCUUCAUAUUGUAGAUUUGGAGGUUCACCAUUACCGCUAAAGUCACUACCGUUGUUUGAUCGAAGUGUAAUAAUUGAUCCUAAAGGCCUUCAGGAGGUUUUCUUGAAAGAAUGGAGAAAUAGAAGACUAGUGCAGAACAUUGUCAUAGGUAGAGAAGCCAAAGUAGAUCUCUCAAGCAUGGUUCGAGCCACUUUCUUAAUGGGUACAACAGAAAUGGAUAAAAUCAAGUGUUUGAUUAUUGAUUGCUGUAAAGAAAAGAAUCAUUCUCAGCCUGUGCAUUUAUCUACUUAUGUAUUAACUUGUGCUUUUCUAUGGGUUUGUUUGCUCAAAACCGAACAGAGUGUGAAUGAGAAAAUGGGGCUUGAAGAUCCCACAUACUUUGGAUUCAUUGCUGGUGGUAUAACCAGGUUGGACUAUCCAGUGCCUAUGACAUAUUUGGGUAAUUGUGUUGGCUUCGGUAGGGCAUGUGUGAGAAGAAACGAAUUACUUGGAGAAGACGGGAUUGUGGUUGCAGCCAAAGCAAUUGGAAGCACAGUUAAAAGGCUUGAUGCAUCAAUUUUUGCGGGAGCAGAAACAUGGAUUCUGGACUGGGACGUGUUCCAUGGGUCAGAGCACCAUGUGCAUAUUACCUGGUCUCCAAAAUUGAAGCUUUACGAAUCGGAUUUUGGGUGGGGAAAACCCAAGAAAAUAGAGGAGAUCUCAAUUGAUUCUACGAGAGCUGUUUCACUUGUACAGAGCAGAUAUAUUGAGGGUGGAAUUGAGAUAGGCUUAGCUUUGCCUAAGAAUAAAAUGGAUACUUUCUCCAUUUUGUUCACCAAAGGACUUAACGCUCUUCCAUGA